UCGUUUGCCUGAGGAAAAGGAAAACGCAAAAGUAUUAGGGAAUAUGUUCUCAUUCGGCGAUAAAGUCCAAUACAAAUGUAAGGAUGGCUUUUCAUCAAACAAAAAUGUUCCAUUGAUUUCAGAGUGCCUUGACAAUGGUACUUGGAGUAGACAAGACUUCGCCUGCGUUCCUGGCGUAGUUUACAAUGUUGACAAAACGUUCUACAUGCUGAUAAGGGCAAAGAAGCCAUGGUCAGAAGCAAAUGAGACGUGCAAUAAGAUUGGAUGGCAACUGGUGGACAUAAAAUCUCCAACGGAACACACUGAAAUAGUAAGAAUGAUAACUGCAACUGAUGACUCGAGCAAUUACUGGACGGGAGGAAGGCUCAUCGACAACACAAGGGAAUUUAGAUGGACAGAUGGUACAACUGUCUCCGAAGACGGUUGGAGGCCUAAUCAGCCAAACUAUCUUGAAGGAAGACAAUAUUGUAUAAUGCUUGAUAAAAAUUCAAGAUUCAGAUUUAAUGACUAUUAUUGUGAUUCGACAUUCAAUUUUGUCUGUAAAAAGAUAUUUUCAUAAAAAGUAAUUAUAUUUCAUGCUCAUAUCUUAAGCGCAAAAUAUUUUCGCUGUUCUAGUUUUUUGUAACGUUUUAAAUUCGUCUGUUUAUUGAGCUUAUGCCAAUUAAUUAAUAUUUGAUUCAGUUAAGAUCAGUAAAAGCUUGUUAAACGUUUCUAGUUUAACGUCACCGAAAGAUAAUUUAACGCCUGCAAACAGAUAUUAAUUGCCUACCUUGCUAAAAGAAAUACCACCUUAUUAAUAUUUUGGCAUUAUUAUUUUUUUAUAACUUUCAACCCUUGUUACUUUUCAAUUAUUGAAGAUAUACAGUAAAAACCCUCAAUUAAGACCACCAUCGGGACUGGAUCAAAGUGGUCUUAAUUGCGGGGUGGUCUUAAUUGUGGAUAUUCUUAUCAUUGCUUACACACUUUAUGACCAUGGCAAGCCUAGUUACCGCCCAAUGGGCGGGUCCCCUCGGGACGGAUAUUCCGGUCCGAACCGCAACAUAUGACAGAUAUUAUUA